AUGAAGCGCAGCCAUUCACCUAUACCAGCCACUGGUCAAAAGGUCCGCGACAGUUGUGGAUUCAGGAUAAAAUCGCAAACUUUGGAAAAGCUGAUCCUGAUCACAGAGGAGGAGUCUGAAGGUGCUAAGUAUAUAAUUGAAGGUAGACUUAGGCGGGUAAACCCCUACUUUUUCACCUAUUUAACAUACUGUAAGUUAAGAUGGAGAGACCGUAAAUUGGUGGACAUCUUUGUUAACGAGUUUAGAGAUCGAGAUGCGGAUUUCUAUAGGAAGAAUAUCGAAGCAGGUAAAGUCACCUUAAACGGUAAGCCUGCCAAUCUCGAGUCGGUGGUCAAGAAUGGGGAUCUCAUUAGUCACAAGAGUCAUCGUCACGAACCACCUGUUUCUUCGCAACCAAUUAAAAUUGUUCAUGAAGAUGCAAAUAUUCUCGCUAUCGACAAACCAUCUGGAAUCCCAGUGCACCCGACAGGAAGAUAUCGGUUCAAUACGAUCACUAAAAUAUUCCAACAUGAGAUGGGGUUGAUCGUACACCCAUGCAAUAGGCUCGAUAGAUUGACUUCGGGGUUGAUGUUCUUGGGUAAAAACGCUCAUGGUGCUGAUGAUCUUGCCCAGCAGAUAAAGAAUAGAUCUGUCAGUAAGGAGUAUAUUGCCAGAUGUGUGGGCCAAUUUCCCACUGAUACUAUUACGUGCGAAGAACCAUUAAGAACCAUUCAGCCCAAGCUUGGUUUAAAUAGAGUCGAUAGGGAAAACGGUAAAGAAGCCAAGACAGGGUUUAAAAGGGUUUCUUACGAUCCAGUAUCGAACACUUCUAUUGUAAAGUGCAAGCCAUUCACUGGCAGAACCCAUCAAAUUAGAGUUCAUUUGCAAUUUUUGGGCCACCCGAUUGCCAAUGACCCUAUUUAUUCUAGUGAGUCUGUCUGGGGCCCAGAAUUAGGAAAGGACGGUCACGGUAAUACUGAUGAAAUCGAAUUGAAGUUGGAUUCUAUCGGUAAGACUAGAGCUUCAUCUACUUGGAUUCACCCUGAAGCUGACGGAGAACACCUUGCUGAAAGACAAUGCGAGAUAUGUGAAACAGAUUUGUAUACCGAUCCUGGUCCAAACGAUUUGGAAUUGUGGCUCCAUGCAUACAAGUAUGAGUCCACCGAUGAAAACAAACCUUGGUCGUACAAGACUGAAUAUCCAGAGUGGGCUGUAGAACCACAUCGCAAAUUUAUGGAAUUGGCCAUUGAAGAAGCAAGAAAAUGUGGAGAAACUCAAACCCAAUUUAAUGUUGGAGCCGUUUUGGUUCACGAAGGUGAAAUCAUAUCUACCGGGCACUCUAGAGAGCUACCUGGAAACACACAUGCGGAGCAAUGUGCCUUGGAAAAAUACUUCACUAAAACUGGUAAAAAUGAUGUUCCAGUAGGAACAGAACUAUACACGAGCAUGGAACCUUGUACAUUAAGACUUAGUGGCAACUUGCCCUGUACAGACAGAAUAUUGAGCACUAACAUCAAAACAUGCUUCGUCGGGAUAGUAGAACCAGACACCUUCGUCAAAAACAACACUAGUAUCAAGAGACUUGAGGACCAUGGGGUGGAGUAUAUACACAUACCUGGGUACGAAGAAGAGUGUGUAUCAAUUGCAAAGUUUGGUCACGAUAAGAUAAAAGAUGAAGGAGAAGAAGAAAAGGUAAAAAGAGUAGAAAAUAAUUCAAAUAAAGAGAUAAAUGAGGGAAAGGCAUAA